GCGCUCGCGAGCGCGUCGCGUGCGAUGCGGGAGGGUUGCGCGCGAACAUCAUAAUAGGCAAUAAUGAUAAUAAAUAUCUACUAGUACACAAAGUUCGAGUGGUCCACCAAGAGCAGAACCAGUAAAAAGGCGAAGUCUAGUACUCUCUACCAUGAGUAAAAAAAUGAAGACUGCUCCUCCCCCUCCCGUAAAGAAGAAGUGGCCAGUUGCGGAAACAGAUUGGUUCAAACUGGUCUUCGGAUUUCCGGAACCGAAAGACUGGCGAACAGUGCAAGAGCAGGCUUUUUCGAUCCGAGGCUAUGUUAGCGAAGAUGUGGAAAUCCGUGGAGUUGACGAUGUAAUAAAAGUGAAUGAUAUAGUUGAUGAAGCCAAGAAUAUUGCUGUUGCUGCGGAAGCAAAGCCGAAGGAGGUCGUGAUACCUGGUGAAGAUCAUGGUGGAGAGCAACCGAAGAAGAAAAAUCCAGUAGAGGAUGACCAUACGCUUAAUACUGGAACAACUGGAGGAGCCAAUGCCAAUGGAGCCAAUGCCAUCAAGAAUGAUUCUCAAUCUCAUGACCCUAGUACGCAUUAUACUAGAACUGAAACCACUUCGACCAGAGCAGAAGUCUUUGAGGAUGAGGAAGUGGUUUUAACGAGUUAUCCACCAGAUGGUGAGAAGCGCACUUAUCGAGCUGGUCGGUUUUCGCGCCCAAGCCUUGCGGAGUUGAGAGCCAGAAAUGACUUGGAAAGCCUCAUUAUUGUGGAAGAUGAUAAUGAUGAGCCUGAAAAAGAAGAGAACACGAACAGCAACACAAACGCUGCCUCUGCCGAACAGCAACACAAUAAAUCGAGGCUGCGUUUUUCGAUAAUGCCACAACAAGAUGUAUCGGCAUUGCACGACUUUCAGAUCUUUCCCGGCAACAAACUUGCAACGUUUCAGGUGGCAAGCCAGUUCAACUGCUUGGAGCAAAUCGACAUGGGAGGAUAUCUUAUGAAGCGCGUUUUUUUCAAAAUGAAUUCUGACAUUUCAAUUUCUUGUUUAACAACUUUAUAAAGUUAACCCAGUAAGUAGCUGAGUACGCCUAGGCUUAAGACUAUCUAUACUAUAAGUACUUACAUAAAUGACACAAGUACCAUUGCUAUGAUGCUGCAGUUGUAGUGCUGCGUCCAAAAUAUUACUAGAAGUAGUACUUCUCUUCUAUCCCCUCAUCUUUACCUCUUCAUUCUUCCAGAGCAGGGCGUCACGCGAUGGGCAUUUGACCACACUCAGGGACCAGCCUGUUGUCUUUGCACUGGGCCUGCGAUGCUAGUGCGGAACUAUUUCACCGGACAAUCUCGCAAUAAUCAGAUCAACAAUCUUGCGGAUGUUACAGACUACGUUGUGAAAAGCAUGGCGUCUUCGAAGAGAAAGAAGGAUUCUGUUGAGCACCCUAAACCUCCUUGGGAAGUGAUUGCAGGGUACACGAAAGCAACUGGCGAGUUACGACGACACUGCGUUAAUAUAACUUUAUUAAAGUUCUUGUAGCUGUGCAGUCUAGUAUCUCUAUUCUAGUUGUUAGGUGCUCCACCACAGUUUGUGCUGUCUAUUCGUAGAUGAGACCAGCAGAAGAUAUUAAGGUAUAAUCAAUAUCUUCAGGAUAUGCGUCUACUUCCUCAAGAACAUCGACGCCAUCAGAUUUCUCGAGUCAACAUGCAGAGACCACAUGGCAUCCAUGAAUAAGUAUUUUCUUUUCGUCGUGUUUUAGUUUUUUCUAAGAUCUGGUCUGGAUUCGGUACCUUGGGACUCGUUGGACAGGGAAACGUGUAAAAGCCUUCUCCGCAUUGGGGUGCACGCUGAUACCCAGGUGACAAGUUGCGGGGACUGGGGGUUGCAGCGUGCUGCUUAUUUACUAGGAGAGGAUAGUACGACGUCAAUGUCAAUAAGAUCAAAAAGCGCCAGUGUGAGUGGAAAAUUGAAUACCCCCUGCCUCGAUAGAGGAUCCAAAAAAACAUCUCCUUGGAUGGUAACGCAUGCGCUUUGUUCUGGAUGUGCCGUUGCGUACAAUCAUUCCAGAUCGCGGCCAGCUCAGUGGGAACCGCUAGCGAGGAUCGUUCUUGAAGCCUGCUACGAGGCAACGUUCUACACAGCACUCGAAACUGCUCGCCGCCACGAGUGGAAAAGCGGCUCCGCUUGUCUCUUCCUAACAUCGAUUUAUGGCGAUAUGAGAAUUCAUAUGAGAAUGAGUUGAGGUUGAGAAGUAGCUUGAAGGAAAUGAAUUGAUACCAUGAGAAGAAGACGGUGCUUCUAUUUUUCAUCCCGAUGAACAUGAACCAACUACAAGAUCAUAGCUCAACUUCAACUCCGAGUUCGGAAUUAUUGGCUCUUCAUGUGCUUGAAUCUUCAGGAGCUUAACUCCACCUCCUGGAAUUAUUCGUUCUUCUAAUCUCCAGGAGGUGGAGUUUUCGGAAACAAGACCCGGUGGAUCAAUGAUGCGAUUCUGCAAGCGGUGAAGAAGUUCCACCACAUGCCGCUGGAUGUGAGGUUAGUGUCUUUUGGUCCAAUAGAUGCAGAAACCAAGAAACUUGCUGACGCUGUGAAGAUGAUAUUGAGGAAGGGAUAGUAAACUGGGAUGUUUUUCACAUUCUUGAAUUGUUUGGACUAAGUUGCGUUGCUUGAUGCCUCUAUCAUGUAUUGUCAACAUCAAUGAUACCUACCGUAUCUAAAACAUAGUCAUCCUCCUGUCAUUGAGGAAUGACAAUGACACUGAUGAUAGAUGCUAGUAUAUUGUUUUCUUGUUUUUGUUUCUGUUUUUUUUCACUAACAAUAGGAGCAAACAAUGAUCGGAUUUUUUAGAAGUUGUUCCGUGAGGACGAGGACCAUUUUUAGACCAUGAGGAUUUGAUCACGUCUUGGUCUGCUUAAGGCAAGAACUAUUUUUAGGCGACGAGAAGUACAAGAACUAUUGCUAUGGGUUGCCAUUUUUUACUUUUAGCAGUCAU